CGGCACCUGUCAGGUCCGCCGGUUCGCGCUUGCUCGGAGGCCGUUCCCCGGAGCCGGAAGCCGCUGCCCUGGGCGAGCGUCCGGCCGCCAGGAGCCGGGGUCCCCGCCCGGGGGCGGGCGCCAUGCGGCUGGGCGCGGGGACCUUCGCCGCGUUCUGCGUAGCGAUCGAGGUGCUCGGGGUCGCGCUCUUCCUUCGGGGAUUCUUCCCGGCUCCCGUGCGUUCCUCCUCCGAGACCGAGCACCCGGCAGAGCCGCCAGCGCCUGAGCCCGCGGCUGGAGCCAAUUCCAACUGGACCAAGCUCCCACCACCUCUCUUCAGUAAAGUUGUUAUUAUGCUGAUAGAUGCCUUGAGAGAUGAUUUUGUGUUUGGGUCAAAAGGUGUGAAAUUUAUGCCCUACACAACUUAUCUCGUGGAAAAAGGAGCAUCUCACAGUUUUGUGGCCGAAGCAAAGCCACCUACAGUUACUAUGCCUCGAAUCAAGGCGCUGAUGACAGGGGGCCUCCCCGGCUUCGUCGAUGUCAUCAGGAACCUCAACUCUCCGGCCGUGAGGGAAGACAACGUGCUCAGACGGGCUAAGGCAGCGGGGAAAAGAAUCAUCUUCUAUGGAGAUGACACAUGGGUGAAGUUAUUCCCAAAGCAUUUUGUGGAAUACGAUGGAACAACCUCCUUUUUUGUGUCAGAUUAUACAGAGGUGGAUGACAAUGUCACGCGACACCUGGACACAGUGUUACAGAGAGAGGACUGGGACGUGCUGAUCCUCCACUACCUGGGGCUGGACCACAUUGGCCACAUUUCCGGGCCCAGCAGCCCCCUGAUCGGGCACAAGCUCAGCGAGAUGGACGGCGUCCUGAUGAAGACCCACGCCGCGCUGCUGGCACAGGAGAAGAAGACUCGCUUACCCACUUUGCUGGUUCUCUGUGGGGACCAUGGCAUGUCGGAGACGGGCGGUCACGGGGCCUCUUCCCCAGAGGAAGUAAAUACCCCUCUACUCUUAAUCAGCUCUGCGUUUGAGAGGAAACCCGGUGACGUCAGACGUCCAGCGCGCGUUCAGCAGACGGACUUGGCCCCGACACUCGCCAUCGGGCUCGGUCUGCCCAUCCCCAAGCACAGCGUGGGCUGCCUCUUGUUCCCAGUUGUGCAAGGAACGGCACUAAGAGAGCAGCUGAGGUUUCUACACUUAAACGCAGUGCAGCUUAGCAAAUUGUUGCGAGAGAACGUACCCUCAUAUGAAAAAGAGCCUGGAUUUGAACAGUUCAGAAUGUCAGAAAGGUUGCAUGGGAAUUGGAUCCGCCUGUACCUGGAGGAGAACAAUUCUGAAGUCCUUUUCAACCUGGGAAGCAAGGUUCGCAGGCAGUACUUGGAUGCCCUGCGGACCCUGAGCCUGUCCCUGAGCAGACAAGUGACGCAGUACGACAUCUACUCGAUGGUGGUGGGGACAGUCGUGGUGCUGGAGGUCCUCGCCCUGCUGCUGCUCAGCAUUCCGCAAGCCCUGGGCAGCAAAGCCGAGCUGGACGUGCCGCUGUGGUCGCCUGUGUCCUCGCUGCUCUUCUACCUGCUGCUCCUGGUCCUCCUGGCCGUUCAUGUCACUGUGUGCACCUCGGCCGAGAGCUCGUGCUACUUCUGCAGCCUCCCGUGGCUGGCGGCAGGCGGGGUGAUGAUGCUGGUCUCGGCACUGCUCUGUGCCGUCCUGUCUGCUCUGGCCAAGGCAUCUGUGGGUGUGCAGCAUCUGAGGGAGAAUCCGGGCCACUCCAACUCGAGGUGGUCGGACGUGGAGCUCCUCAUCUUCGUGGGGACUGUGGGCCACGCCGUGAGCCUGGGCGCCAGCAGCUUCGUGGAGGAGGAGCAUCAGACCUGGUACUUCCUUGUCAACACCCUGUGCCUGGCUCUGUGUUACGAGGCCUACCGGACCUGCUUCCUGGGAGCCGACGGGGAGCCCCCGUGCUGCCGGCACACGGAAGGGGGAUGUGACAGCACAGCACCAGUUGGGGACGGGAAGGCCAGCUGUGACGUGUUAGAGCUCAGCCAAGCACACAGGAGCCCCGCGUCCCUGGAUGGGCCCCAGGGCCGUGACAGGUGGCUGGUGCUGGCGAGUCCGUGGCUGACGCUCACCUGCUGCCGGCUGCUGCGUGCUCUGAACACGACGGGUGUGCAGGGGGCCCACCGCCCUGGCCUGGGGCACUGGCUCGCCAGCGCCGAUCACAGAGCCGCGCUCUCUGUCCUGGCCGCACUUUCCCUGCUCGUCGUGUUUGCGCUGGUUCAGAGCAGGUGCUCCCGGGCAUCGAAAGUAGCCAUGGCGCUGGGCCUGCUGGGCGUCUACUGCUACCGGGCGGCCAUUGGCAGUGUGCUGUUCCCAUGGCAACAAGAAAACAAAGACAUUUCAAAGGGUAUUGUUGAAGCUCGUUUCGUUUACGUCUUUGUCCUCGGCAUUCUGUUCACGGGCACCAAAGACCUGCUUAAAUCUCAAGUCACUGCUGCUGCCUCCAGGGUCAGGGCCGGGGGUUUGUGGGAGAUACACAGCGGGCUCGUCCUCCUGGCGGCGCUGCUCUCCAGGCCACACAACCUUCCCGUCCUAGUGUCCAGCCUCGCGGUCCAGGCUGUGAUGGCCAAGUUCAUCUGGAAGCCCCUGAGGCACGAGGCCACAGAUGUCACUGUGAUGCAUUACUGGUUUGGUCAAGCAUUCUUCUAUUUUCAGGGGAACUCUAACAACAUGGCCACCGUGGACAUCUCAGCGGGCUUCGUGGGCCUGGGCACGUAUGUUGCCUUCCCAGCUGCCCUCCUGACGCUGUUUGCAACAUACAUGGGGCCUGUGCUGUGGGCCAGCCACCUGCUGAACUUCCUGAGCUCAGAAGCCGGCAGCAGGUCAGCCCUGAGUCGCGCUUGCUUCUGCUACGCACUGGUUUGUUCCCUCCCAGCUUGCGCAUAUAUCAUUUUGGUGACAUCCCUGCGCUAUCAUUUAUUUAUAUGGAGUGUGUUCUCCCCAAAACUCCUCUAUGAGGGAACGCAUCUGCUUGUGACAGCUGCUGUCUGUGUUCUCUUCACGGCCAUGGAUCAGACCCACAGAAAGCCUUAGACGAGGCCAUUGAGACACGAAACGUAAGAUGUGCAAAGGCUACUAUUCACUUCGUGGAUUUGACUAUAAAAAUGUGGUUAAAUGAAAGAUGAUUCUAAAGAAACACGAAUUCUACAAUAUUGAUGGAUACUUUCAAUGUCUUUGACUACUGUACUUGAAUUUAGACUAAACAGUAGGUGGGCUACUAACAGGUCACUUUAAAGCGCUUAGUUUGAACAUAUGAACCAUAGUCGCCCGCUGACAAUCACUACAGAAACCUCUGAACUUUCAUUUUCCUCUGGAUAAGUUAUGAUUUGACCCAGAUGAAGUGACGCAUAGGAAGGUCGCAGGUUUGUCGUGUGUGUGACCUCGAGAGAGCUCGGGAGCCCUGGGGGGGUGGCUCAUCUGCACAAGGCUUGUCCUGCAGAGCUUGGGCCCUUCACCACCUGGAACCCACUGGGGUCCCAAGGAGCUUUGGUUUACAUGGGUUACAUCUGUCAGCAUUAAUGGCAUUUGGAAUCAAAACUAAGACAUUUUAAAAAAAAGAUUAAUUUAAAAAUAAAGAUAGAAACCCAUUCCAUGUUACUAGAACAUAUUUUUAAGAAAAAUAUAUUUUCCAAAACAAAAAAUAUUUUGCAAAAAGAAGGACAUUAUUUUACAGUUUUGCAAAUCUACUUACUGUUGAGGUUUAAAGAAGGGUGAGUUCCACGUUCAGUCAGGUAUCUGUGUUCAGGGGACGCGGUCACUCAGGAUGUAGCUGGAACAGGGAAGGUUAUGUCCUCUUCCUGAUCCUUGUGGGUGUUCUCUUCUGACGCUGCACUAAAACUCAACCAACGAUAGUUUCUAAAAGGUUAGUUGGAGGAAAAAGAAGUGAGUGCGUGUAUGACAGGUGAGAGCCUGCUGAGGCCACCCGGCAUGAGGGCUGUGCCCGCGUCGUCACCCGCUCCAGGACAAGUCCUGUAAGAUGUCACUGUGGGAGGCUGGGGGUGGCACGUGGAACUCUGUACCAUUUUCUAAACCUCUUGUGAGAUUUCACCUAUUUCAAAAUAAAAGUUAUUUUGAAAAGGAAAA